UGUGUGUGUGCAAUGAAAGUCAUGGCAUAGAGUGUGCCAUAGACUGUGCCAUAGACUAUAGUAUAGUAUAGUAUAGAGUGAUGAGUGCAAUGAGUGUUAUAACAGCUAUAACUUCUAUGACUACUAUAAUAACUAUAAGUAUAACACAAUCGCUGUUAGUAUUGAGUGUUUGAUAGACUGUGUGUAAGACUGAGUCAGCCUUUGCUCAGUCAGUCAGUGAUCGCUGUUGUCGGUCGGCAACCAUCGCAACGGUAGUAACACCCGUGAGGACAUCGGAACCAACUGUCGACCAGCUCUGGUGAGUCUGACGAGUGGGUCAUACAUACACUUUAGGUGUGUGUGACAGUCAGUGAUCUCCGUCUAGUGAGCGGACAAUGCAGAACAACACGUCGUCGUCAUCGGCAUUAAACUCGACAAUGAAGUCAAGUGAUGGCAGUGUUGGUGUUAGUAGUGUUCAGUCUGACGCCAAUCAGCCGCGAACCCUAUAUGUUGGCAAUUUGGACGCAUCCAUAACUGAAGAAUUGAUAUUAGCCUUGUUUUCACAGAUGGGACCCGUAAAUGGAUGUAAGAUAAUCCAUGACUCGGCCAACUCUGAUCCCUAUUGUUUUGUUGAGUACAACGACCACCACUGUGCGGCCACAGCACUUCUUACAAUGAAUAAGCGCCAGUGUAUGGGCCGUGAGCUCAAAGUGAACUGGGCUACCAGUCCUGGCAAUACGGGACCCAAACCGGACACUUCAAAACACUUUCAUAUAUUUGUUGGCGAUUUGAGUCCAGAGAUCGAAACACAACAACUGAGGGACGCCUUCAGUCCAUUCGGUGAGAUAUCGGACUGCCGUGUAGUCAGAGAUCCGCAAACAUUGAAAUCGAAAGGCUAUGGGUUUGUGUCGUUUGUGAAGAAACAGGACGCGGAAAAUGCUAUCUCAACGAUGAAUGGCCAGUGGUUAGGCAGUCGUGCCAUUCGCACCAAUUGGGCUACACGUAAGCCACCGUCCAGUGGGCGCACACAAGAGGUCGGCCCCGGUAUUAAUCUUAAUACCCGACAAUUAACAUUUGAUGAAGUCUACCAACAGUCGAGUCCAACCAAUUGUACCGUAUAUUGUGGCGGAAUAAUGACGGGAUUAUGCGAUGAAUUGAUACAAAAGACAUUUGCGCCAUUUGGUCCCAUUCAAGAAAUACGUGUUUUUAAAGAUAAGGGCUACGCUUUUAUAAAGUUUGCGACUAAAGAGGCGGCAACUAAUGCCAUAGUGUCGACACACAACGCCGAUGUAUUGGGACAGACAGUUAAAUGUUCGUGGGGUAAGGAGUCGGGCGAUCCUACUAUCACUCAACCGACCCAUCAGUCAGGAACCACUGUUGCCGCCGCACAAUCACUGUGUUAUCCCUAUCAACAAAUGGCCGGCUAUUGGUAUCCACAGACAGCUGGCUAUCCACAAACGUUACCGUCGGGUCAGUUUGCAGUACAGGCAGGCGUAGCGCAGUAUCCAUACUCCCAAUAUUAUACCUCCGCUCAAACAACGGCCGGUUUCAAUCCGUCAGCCGCCGCAGGACUGGCAAUGCAGAUGGCCUGGCAAUCGGGAGCCGCUGGUGCUGUUCCCGGACAACAACACUUAGGCGCCCAAACACAUCAAACAGGAUUAGCACCGGGCAUUCAGCAGCCGGCUAUGAUUGGUGCCUACCCUAUGCAAGGCUAUCAAGCUCAGUAGUGGACAGUCGGGUCGAUAUAGUCGGCCACCUAUUAUUCAUCAUUAGCUAUAUUAGUGCACUCAUUAUAUAAUUCAUACAACAACUCAAUUGACUAAACAGCAACACAACAGACGGCAAAGUUAACCAACAAUUAUAACAACAAUAACUACAACACUACUAAACAAACAAAACAUCAUAACAUUGAACUCUAUGAACGGGUAAACCAUCCCUUCAUUUAAUUAAUUAAAUGAUUAAUUAAAACCCAAAUGUUAUAAAUAUUAUUAAAUAAUUACUGACAAUGUCUCACAUGUGAUGCAGAAAUGUAGACAUUUAUAUAUUGAUAAAUACAUAACAAAAUAUAGUAAUA